GGCCCAGAUCAAGGGGCAACGUGGCAGAGGGGCAAGAGGGGUGGUGACUCGAGAAGUCUUGGUCAAGACUCGCACUUCCAAAGGAGCAAAGAAUAUCUGAAGAAGAGUACGAGGAGAGGAGAGGAGAAAAUGGAUGUUCGUCCAUGUCGUUCUUCGUCGUCCUCCGGUUCGUCUUCCUCAUCCAAGCUAUGGAUCGUGCAGGGUAUUGUAGCCAGUGCUGUCAUUGUGGCCGGUCUCGCCGCUCGAACUUAUCUCGGCGGAUCCAGAAAGUUUAGGAGCCGCGUCGUGGGUAUUAUUCCCGCUCGUUUCGCAUCUUCACGCUUCCCCGGCAAGCCACUCGUUCAAAUCCUGGGGAAACCCAUGAUCCAGAGAACUUGGGAGAGGGCUAAACUUUCAACUUGUCUGAAUCAUGUAGAGCCCUUUGCUAGUGCAGUUGUGGCAACGGAUGAUGAGAAGAUAGCAGAAUGCUGCCGAGGGUUUGGUGCUGAUGUUAUAAUGACUUCAGAAUCCUGUCGCAAUGGUACUGAACGUUGCAAUGAAGCUCUGCAAAAGCUACAGCAAAAAUACGACGUUGUUGUCAAUAUUCAGGGAGACGAGCCUUUGAUUGAACCCGGGAUAAUUGAUGGAAUUGUUAAAGCUUUGCAGGCAGCUCCAGAUGCAGUGUUUAGCACCGCUGUAACAGCUUUGAAACCUGGAGAUGCAUUUGAUCCGAACCGUGUAAAAUGUGUGGUGGAUAACAAAGGUUAUGCCAUCUACUUUUCCAGAGGGCUGAUUCCUUAUAAUAAAUCAGGAGCAGUCAAUCCGCGGUAUCCAUAUUUGCUACACCUUGGUAUUCAGAGUUAUGAUACAAAGUUUCUGAAGCUGUACCCAGAACUUCCACCUACUCCUCUGCAGCUAGAAGAAGAUCUUGAACAGCUUAAAGUUCUUGAGAAUGGUUACAAAAUGAAGGUAAUAAAGGUUGAUCACGAAGCUCAUGGUGUUGAUGCCCCUGAAGACGUUGAGAAGAUUGAAGCUCUGAUGCGUGAGCACAACUUGUCCUAGCUUGGUGCUAGUAUAUCGAGAUGAAAGAAUUCAUAAACAUCAUACUUGUUUAGUUUUACAAAUCCGAAUGGAGCUGUAAUGCAGAUAGCUGAGGUACAUGUUCCAUGCCUUCCUUACGGUCCUUCCCUCUCCCUUUCCUUAUCAAAGCAAAGUUGGAUUCUUUUCAUUCUUGACACCUUCACAUUGCACUUUUGCGCUAGGGUCAUAAUACCUUAGGCUGUAAAAAUUCUAAUUCUGGUAGAUUGACUGGAGGUAGCAAGAUACAGAAUGGAGGGGAACUAGGCAUCUUUUAUAAUUUAUCUUUACAGCAUACUGUUCUACGUGGAGUUGUGUUUGAUUUCUGCAAGGGAACUGGUCUGUAAUCUGUACGCUGUUUUACACUAUUGAUUGAGCAGUCAGCUGUUUAAGAGUUCAUGGAUCUGAUUGCCUGCAUUUGGUCACCACCCGUGACUGCAACUUCUACUCUUUGGCCCUACUUUUUCAUGAUCUCUCUCUUUUAUUCCAUUUCAUCCUUUCGUGUUCUAGUAUUAUUUGAUGGAAAUGAUUGUUUUUUGUUUUGGUUUUAUUGCCAUCCGAGAGGGGCAAAAAACAAAGGGGACCCCUUCUAUGUAGGGAGGAGCGGUAACGACUGAUUUGGCAGAAAUGCAUAUUAUAGACUGUUGGAAGAUCGAGCACGUCGUGGUCAUGAGUUAUGAAUGCUAAGGUGGCCAAAAACGUUGUCAUUCAUAGCAGAACUUUGAUGACCUACCUGACCUUGCAUGCAAUGCAACAAUAAUGGCGGAAUUUCUCAAAAUUCAGUCUGGCGGACGGUGUGCCUAACAUAUAUGGUCAGUCCUUUGCCAUCUAAUUCAUGUCGAUAGUUACUCGAGAUAGUACUAGGAUCAAACCUAAUAGUAUUACCACAAGUUUUAGUUCGCUAUUCUCAAGAGCUGUUUGUUGCACAAAAUGUCAUGAUUCCUUGUAAUAUGUACGGUACAUGUAAAAUAGUCAUGGAUCCUCCAUGGGCCAUGAAUGCAUUUUAUUGCAGUCGCUAGUAAGUUGGACAUGUUGAAUAUGAAAUUAUUCUUCAAACUAAAGUACAUCAAAGCGUGUUUUAGUGUAUUUUUCUCGAAAAAACAUUAAAACUAACUACUUGCACAACUCUUAUUUCCUACCCAAAAUGAGCAAAACUCAGGUCUUCCUACCAUGGUUCAAAAAGGCACGCCUAACCUUACGCUUAGCCCUUAGGCACGUCUAGGCGCAAGUCAAUGGCAAAAUGCCUCGCUUAGGAGUUUCGCGCCUAAUUAGAUACUGGAACUAGG